AUGGGCAGGUUCGGCGUCACGCGCCUCGCGCUGGCGCCGCCGGUGCUGCUGGCCAUCGUGCGCACCGCCGAGGAAGCGGACGAGGGCGCUGCCGCCCACGUGGCCACGCUCUUGGCGGUGAACUGCGGCGGCGCGCCCCUCGCGGCUGACCUCAUUGCGCGCUUCUCACGCACUUUACCCGGCGUAGGAGUUACCCAGAUAUGA